AUGAUGGCAUCAACCAAGAAACGCAAGAAGAGCGACCCUUCCGAACAGACUGUGGACAAGAAGCCACGCACGGAAGCGACUACUCCCAACCCUGCGUGCAAGCUUCUGGAACUUCCCAGGGAGCUCAGGGAUGAGAUCUACAAGAUGUGUCUACCUGACGAGACCGAUGACUACGAUAUGGAGGUGAUGAGUCGCAGGGUCGACUGGAUGACAAUGCCUGCUCUGCUGCAGACCUGCCAACAGAUCCGUAGCGAAGGGUUGAAGAUAGGGCUCUUCCUCAAUAACGAAGGAUGGUCUCUCAAAAUCACCGACUGCAAUGCCGCAUCCUUGUUAUACUGGACUGAGCUAGUGGCUACAUACUUUCCAGAGCACACAAGCCCCAAGAAGCGCUAUGUGCCUGGAGAGCUCCGACUUGGCGAACCCUACAUCUGGCUAUGGGGCGACAUGGAUAUCGAGAAUCUGCGCCAGUGGUGCUGCUGGGUCCACGAAGGCAGGCUGCAGAUGAUCGAGGAGCCUCACUACGGCAUGUCCUGCGGAGAACGUUCUGCCAUUACAGCUGCACAGAAGAUCGCCGUUCAGUUCAUGGACAAGCCGUGGGAGGAUUGUGUGGAGAUUCUGCAGAUCGUGCUUGACAUGAUCUAUUACUCGGACUGCAUUUGCUGCAAAGGAUCAUAUUGGAUGAUCAAGGCUGCAUUGUCGUUAAGGACGCUUUCGCUGCCAUUGAAUUCGAAUAGCUUCAAGUCGAUCGUACAUACAUCAGCUGAGACUGUUCAAGAUUAUUUUGAUGUGCCACGAGUUUUACUUGGUGUGAUCCCGCAGCGAUGUGUUCUUCUACAGUUGGCUUCCGCAGGCGUCGCGCUCUGGUGA